AUGGUCCCUGUGAUCAUCCUUUUUAAUUCUUUUUUUUUUUGUUUCUGUGCAGGUUUCCUUAGCACUGGUGACCAAGCUGCAAAAGGAAAUUAUGGACUCCUUGAUCUUAUCCAAGCCUUAAGAUGGACGAGUGAAAAUAUUGGGUUUUUUGGGGGUGAUCCUUUAAGAAUAACAGUAUUUGGAUCUGGUGCAGGUGCAUCAUGUGUGAAUCUGUUGACUCUGUCCCAUUAUUCAGAAGGUAACCGUUGGAGCAACUCCACCAAAGGACUUUUUCAAAGGGCAAUUGCACAAAGUGGAACUGCCCUUUCUAGUUGGGCUGUAAGCUUUCAGCCUGCCAAAUAUACCCGGAUUUUAGCAACAAAAGUAGGAUGCAACAUGACAGAUACAGUAGAAUUAGUGGAAUGUCUGCAGAAAAAGCCUUACCGAGAACUUGUUGACCAAGACAUACAGCCAGCAAGAUAUCACAUCGCUUUUGGACCAGUAAUUGAUGGGGAUGUUAUUCCUGAUGAUCCUCAGAUUCUGAUGGAGCAAGGUGAAUUCCUAAACUAUGAUAUAAUGCUGGGUGUAAAUCAAGGAGAAGGAUUUAAAUUUGUGGAAAGCAUUGUGGACCACGAGGAUGGAAUUUCUGCAAGUGAUUUUGACUUUGCAGUUUCAAAUUUUGUGGAUAACUUGUAUGGAUAUACAGAGGGAAAAGAUAUAAUGAGGGAAACUAUAAAAUUUAUGUAUACAGAUUGGGCAGAUCGACAUAAUCCUGAAACAAGAAGAAAAACAUUGUUGGCGUUGUUUACCGACCACCAAUGGGUUGCACCAGCAGUAGCAACUGCGGAUUUGCACUCCAAUUUUGGUUCUCCUACAUACUUCUAUGCCUUUUUCCAUCAUUGCCAAUCUGAUCAAGUGCCUGCUUGGGCAGAUACAGCUCAUGGAGAUGAGGUUCCCUAUGUUUUUGGGAUUCCCAUGAUUGGACCUACAGAGUUAUUUCCUUGCAAUUUCUCCAAAAAUGAUGUUAUGCUCAGUGCGGUGGUAAUGACAUAUUGGACAAACUUUGCAAAAACUGGAGAUCCAAAUCAGCCUGUACCACAAGACACAAAAUUUAUCCACACAAAGCCAAAUCGCUUUGAAGAAGUUGCAUGGACUAGAUAUUCACAAAAGGACCAAUUAUACCUCCAUAUUGGAUUAAAACCCAGAGUUAAAGAGCAUUAUAGGGCUAAUAAAGUUAAUCUUUGGUUAGAGCUGGUUCCACAUCUUCAUGUUAUUAAUGACCUCACUACAACAAAAGGGCCAUCUACAGACAUCACUUCUACACAAACAAGGAAACCUCCUUUGCCUGUAACUUCAGCUAUUCCAACAAUAAAUGAAGAUACGUUUAAGCAACAGCCUAGUCCAUUUUCAUUGGAAAGAGACUAUUCUACUGAAUUGAGUGUCACUAUUGCUGUUGGGGCAUCUCUGCUGUUUCUCAACAUCUUAGCUUUUGCAGCACUAUAUUACAAAAAGGACAAAAGGAGACAUGAUGUGCAUAGGAGAUGUAGUCCUCAACGCAAUACUACAAAUGACAUAGCCCAUGCACAAGAAGAGGAAAUUAUGUCUCUUCAAAUGAAGCACACAGACUUGGACCAUGAAUGUGAAUCCAUCCAUCCUCAUGAGGUUGUCCUCAGAAAUGCCUGCCCUCCGGACUACACUUUAGCAAUGAGAAGGUCCCCAGAUGAUAUUCCAUUAAUGACCCCCAAUACUAUAACAAUGAUCCCUAACACCAUACCAGGGAUUCAACCUAUACAUGCCUUUAAUACUUUUACUACGGGACAAAAUAACACACUUCCCCAUCCUCAUCCACAUCCACAUCCGCAUCCACAUUCACAUUCUACAACCAGAGUAUAG